AUGGAGCUGCAGCGCUUUGGCAAUGCCCUUUGGAAAACCCAAGAGGCGGUCAUCCCUGGGGAGCCGGCAACACGGCAUCCAGAAACAAGGCGCUGCUCCCGCGCAAGCGCCUUCUCCCAUCAUAUCUCUUCCCAAAACGGGGCCGGCGGCCGCUGGCUCUACUUCAACGUCACGGUUUUCGGGAAGGAGCUGCACCUCGAGGAUUUUGAGGUGCUUUUCCGGGAACCCCUUCAGCAGCGGUGCCUCUUCACCGGCGACAUCUCCGGCAUGCCCGGCGCUGCCGUGGCCAUCAGCAACUGUGACGGACUGGCUGGCCUGAUUCGGACAGACAGCAACGAGUUCUUCAUCGAGCCCCUGGAGAGGGGGCAGCAGGAGACGGAGGAGCACGGCAGGGCCCACGUGGUGUACCGCCGGUCGGCCAUCCGGCAGGACAGCGCUGAGCCCCUGCCCCGUGUGCGGGUAGGCGAUCUCCCCAACUCCCUGGAGCUGAUGACGGAGCAGCUGGGGGACGCGGAGCGCAAGAGGCGCCAUGCCAGGAAGGACGACUACAACAUCGAGGUCUUGCUGGCGGUGGACGACUCGGUCGUACGCUUCCACGGGAAGGAGCACGUCCAGAACUACGUCCUCACCCUCAUGAACAUAGUGGAUGAAAUUUAUCACGACGAGUCCCUGGGCGUUCACAUCAAUAUCGUGCUGGUCAGGAUGAUCAUGGUGGGAUACCGCCAGUCAGUCAGCCUGAUAGAGCGAGGGAACCCGUCUCGGAGCUUGGAGCAGGUUUGCCGCUGGGCUCACUCACAGCAGCGCUCUGACCCGGAGCACGCCGAGUACCAUGACCAUGCUGUAUUCCUCACCAGGCAAGAUUUUGGUCCCGCAGGCUAUGCGCCGGUGACGGGCAUGUGCCACCCACUCCGCAGCUGCACCCUCAACCACGAAGAUGGCUUCUCCUCUGCAUUUGUCGUCGCCCAUGAGACCGGCCAUGUGUUAGGCAUGGAGCACGAUGGCCAGGGCAACCGCUGUGCCGACGAGACCAGCAUGGGGAGCAUCAUGGCACCGCUGGUCCAGGCCGCCUUCCACCGCUACCACUGGUCCCGCUGCAGCAAGCAGGAGCUCAACCGCUACAUUCACUCCUACGACUGCCUCCUGGAUGACCCCUUUGAGCACCAGUGGCCCACGUUACCCAAGCUGCCGGGCAUUAACUACUCCAUGGAUGAGCAGUGCCGCUUUGACUUCGGUGUGGGCUACAAAACGUGCACGGCGUUCCGCACCUUCGACCCCUGCAAGCAGCUGUGGUGCAGCCACCCGGACAACCCCUACUUCUGCAAGACCAAGAAGGGGCCACCCUUGGAUGGGACCGAGUGCUCUCCAGGCAAGUGGUGCUUCAAGGGUCACUGCAUCUGGAAGACGUCGGAGCAGCCUUACAGCCAGGACGGCAGCUGGAGCUCCUGGUCCAAGUUCGGCUCGUGCUCCAGGACCUGUGGGGGAGGUGUGCGCUCUCGCAGCCGGAGCUGCGACAACCCACCCCCGGCAUAUGGUGGGCGCCACUGCCCAGGAUCCACCUACGAGUACCAAGUGUGCAAUGCUGAGGAGUGCCCGGGGCCCUACCAGGAUUUCCGUGCCCAGCAGUGCUCCAAGCGCAACUCCUACUACACCCACCAGAACAGCAAGCAUGCUUGGCUUCCCUACGAGCAUCACGACGAUGCUCAGAAGUGUGAGCUGAUCUGCCAGUCCGAGGGAACCGGGGACGUGGUAUUCAUGAAUCAGGUUGUUCAUGACGGUACCCGGUGCAGCUACCGAGAUCCCUACAGCAUCUGCGUCCGGGGCGAGUGUGUGCAUGUCGGCUGUGACAAGGAGGUUGGCUCCCUGAAGCAGGAUGACAAGUGCGGGGUCUGCGGGGGCGACAACUCCCACUGCCGGACGGUGAAGGGCACACUGGCCAAGACCCCCAAGCAGCCGGCAGGUGUUUUGAAGGUGUUUGAGAUUCCAGCUGGGGCGAGGCACCUUCAGAUAGAAGAGAUGGAGCCAGCAUCCCACAGCAUCGCUGUUAAGAAUCAAGCCACGGGUAACUUCAUCCUUAACGCCAAGGGCAAGGAAGCCAAAAGCCAAGUGUUCAUUGAGAUGGGCUUGGAGUGGGAGUACACUGUUGAACAUGGGAAGGAGAGCCUGAAAACCAGUGGUCCUCUGCAUGAGGCCAUCAGUGUUUUGGUCAUCCCUCAGGAGGAGGAGGAGGCAAGGAGCAGCCUGAUGUACAGGUACAUCAUCCACGAAGACCUGCUGCCCAUGAUCGGAAACAACAACGUCCUGCUUGAGGAGAUGGAUUCCUACGAGUGGGCUCUCAAGAGCUGGUCUCAGUGCUCCAAGGCAUGCGGAGGAGGCAUCCAGUACACCAAGUAUGGCUGCCGGCGGAAAAGCGACAACCGGAUGGUGCAUAGAAACUUCUGCGACAAUGGCAAGAAGCCGAAGCCGAUCCGGCGGCGCUGUAACCUCCAGGAGAGCGGCGAGAGCGGCGGGCGCGGCGAGGGCGACAAGCCGGAGGCCGUCCAGGGCUGCCAUGUGGCCCUCUGCCCAGGGAAGCUGUCCGGCAUCACCGCCAGCACUGACGCUGGUGACCACGGCACGCCCAAAGGGCAGCGGGUACCCCAGGACGGGGCCAAAAACCCUGUUAGCAAGAUCUCCUCCAGGGAGCCUUGCCUCGGGGACAAGUCCAUCUUCUGCCAGAUGGAGGUCCUGGCCCGCUACUGCUCCAUCCCCGGCUACAACAAGCUCUGCUGUGAAUCCUGCGGCAAGAAAGCCUCCUCCACCACCGGAUAG